AUGAAGGCUUCACUCGUACUUUGCUCGCUUGGCUCUGUUUUGGCCGCAGCCGCACCCGAACGGCUGGUGCACGAACAUCGGCAGCUAGGCGGGGCCUCGGACGUUACAACGGCAGCUUCGACGCCUGCACUCUCCUUCUCCAUCCCGAUCCUGUCGUCGCUGUCCGGCAUAUUGCCGCCCGUCACCACCAGCGCGUCUUUGGCAUCAUCCAUCUCUACACCUGUAGCUUCGACAGCCGCUCCUUCCACCACUUCUGCGCAGUCAGCGACUAGCGAUCCAUCUGCCUCGGGCAGCGCCAGUGCAAGCACGGCGUUAUCUACUUCUUCCACGUCCGCGAACACGACGGAUUCAUCGGCCUCUUCAGCCACCACAUCCGCCGUGUCCACCUCGACUCCCGCGACGACUUCCGAGGUAGUGACAACCACAUCAACAUCAUCCGGAGCACCCCUAGUGAUUGUCACCGUCACCACCGAUCCCGCCUCCAGCUCCUCCCAAUUCGUUCCGUCCAGGAGUGUAGCGCCGGCGAGCGCAACUACAGCCGGUAGCGGGGCGGUGUCAUAUAUCCGUCUUGGAUGGACGGUAUAUCUGUUGAUGGUUGGAGGUGCCGCCGUGGCAGUUUCUUUGGCUUGA